UAUUUUCGAACGACCCCGCGAGUCAGGCCGCUCUCGAGCGUGAGAGGGAAGCGUCGUCUUAGGACGAGGACCGGCCGAGGCCCCGCGAGCGCGAGCUUGAGCUUGGGCUUGAGAUUGCGCUUGGGCUUGAGCUCGCGGCAGAUGCUGCACCGCCGCAUUGCAAUGCGUCGUUUCUUCAAGGCUGUCGAGUGGCGGUCGUGGAGAUCCUCGGAGUAGGUAGUGGAGUGCAGUCCUUGCGCGCACACUUUUGGUGUUGCUGCGAUUUCGUCGUGUGGGUCGUUCGGCCGGAGAUCGGGCGUACGGAUUUCUGAGUGGAGGAGGGAAUUCAAGGCCGGGAGAGUUGGAGUCGGGAGCAUCGGGUCCGCGGGGUUCGGGAGAUAAUAUUAUACAUGACCAGGCCGUUUCUGUGCAGUUCGGGACUGAAGGUUUUGCGAGCUUGAUGCCGAUAUGGAUUACCAUACGCUUCCCCGCAAGGACCUCCAAUUGCUCUGCAAAAAACAUGGAAUACCUGCGAACAAGACCAACGUUUUCAUGGCGGAGGCUCUCGCUAAGAAGCGAGUUCCCCUCUCCGAUGUCAACGUGAAUAAGGAGGCUGAUAACGAUCUUUUUCAAGUUACCCCUUCCAAAGUUUCUGCUGCGAAAAGCAAAGGCGAGAAUGGCAACGCGGUUCUAUUUAACAACACCCCGUUUUUAAGAAGAGGCAACAAGAAAAAAGAGAGUGUUACAUCCCGGUCCUCAGAUGAACCCGAGGAAGCGAAAGAGAAAGAGGAUCCCGCAACUGCGCCGUUACGCGGUGCGAGAUUGUUCGAGCAGGCUGAAAGUGAUCCAAUUCUUGACACAGUUACCGUAGUAGGCGCUGUCGGCCAGAAUCCUUCUGCCAAAGAAUCAUCAGGAACACUUAAGCGAGAAGAAAGCAAGUCCGGAAAAUUAGGUGCUACAACAAAGGGUGUCGGAGGUCCCGUGAAGCAGAAGUCAGAAGAAAAACCUGGAUUGUCCUCGAGGUCGGCUUCUGGACAAUGUCCACAAACAGAAGGUAGACGGGGGAGAUCAGUGUCUUUGGCCAAUCUGAAGAAGGCUGCGACCGAGAAGACUGAAGUUAAAGCUCUUGACAGCUCUGCUGCUGCAGCUACUGGAGCGCUUCAACCAGAUGGAAGUGGAACUGGGUCAUGUGACGUUCCAGCCAUUCCGGUAGAAAUCGCUGUCAAGGAGAAGAGUGGAGGCAAGAAUCGGUCGCGUGUUUCACGCACCUGGGACUCCGACGCACUUGAGCAGGGUGGAAGCGAUUCCAGAAGUUCUCGUAGUUCACAUCAGGCAGUGUCAUUGUCGUCGAGCGACUGUGCUUUGAAGUCAGCAAAGGUGGAAGAAGAACACAUACCUGAGAAUGUUGACAAUUCGGGGAAGGAGGAAGCUAGCUGUGUCGACGCAGGUAAUGAGCAUAUGGGCGAAGACACUAACUUUGAGUAUGAACAACAGGAGGGAAGUGAACCGGAAAGGCCAGAUACUCCUCCGAAGCAAAGGUACAUAGUGAAAGUGACGUUUGGCGACAAUGUUGCUAUCGAACAGGGGUCAGUUUUUGAGAAAGCAAGGCUAGAGGAAAGCAAGGCCAAAAGGUUAGAUACUUCAGCAACAAAUGCUGGAAUAUCAGUCAAGUCGAGAUGGGACUCCAAACCAGCUCCGACUCAGCCUUUUGUCUUUGGGGCAACCAGACAGGAAGAGACCAAACCGAAGAGGUCGAAAACCGCAGCAAGAGGGAGCUCGGACGUGAAGUGGCACUCAGAGUCCAGACCUUCUGUUGCUGCAGCUCCGAAACAAGACGAACAUAAAAUUAGGAGAGCGGCUCCUGAAGUCAAAGAGACUGCGGUGGUGAAGGCCAAACCCGAUGCAAAUUCCAGUGCUGUUUCCAGUUCUUAUUCAAAACCUUCGAAGCGGCCUCGGCUAGGCGUUGUAGCGAAGGCAAUCGACUCCAAAGGCACCGGCGAUAGAAUUUCCUCUGCGCCUAUCGAAUCCGAGGUUCUACAUAGCACACCGCAGAUAACUGCAACUUCUUCCGAGGAAUUCAAAGUUCUAGACCUUCCAGAGUGGGCAAAAGAAUUCAAGAGGAAGAGAGAAGACACCUUGUCUUCUACGUGUCCCGUCGCUCAAUCUCCUGAUAUAACAACCAAGGGAGAAAUUGCUGUAACACCAGCAGCAGGAUUGAGUCCUCUCAAGAGGAUCGAGGAUAGAGUAGUCCAACUUUUGGAUAGAUUGAAAGGCUUUUGCUGGAAGGCUGAGAUAGCUGAUAUUAUUCCCGAUACAGAGGCAGCGUAUGACGCAGAACUUCCAGCAGAGGAGGCAGAUCAUAUAGAGGUUGAAUACACUGACUUUCAAACGGGAGAGCGGACUGAUUAAUCUAUCAGUUUUGAUGUUAUGAUUGUACAUACUGCUCUGUGAACUCGGAGACAAUCUUCCGGAACCUUUUUUGACAAGUCUUCAGCAAACACCUGGCCGCAUAACUUGUUUCAUUGAGGGUUGGCUUUUCUGAAUGCGAUGGAUAGAUUGCGCAGACAUCCAUGUGAUUUUCUC